AUGGUAAAGGUGUAUUCUUUGAAGGAGGUGGCCAAACACACGGAGGCGGACGACUGCUGGGUCAUCCACAACAACAAGGUGUACGACGUCUCGGGCUUCGUCGCUGACCACCCGGGUGGCGAGGAAUUAAUCCUCGAUCAUGCCGGAAAGGAUAUAACGGAGCUGAUGAAGGAUGAAAUCGAGCACUUGCAUUCUGAGGGUGCGUAUGAGAUGUUAGACGAGCUGCUGAUUGGACACCUCGAGAACUCUUCUUCGACGACAACGGCAAGCAAGACGGCCGCCACGACGGCCAAUGGCACGACCAUCCAUAGAACCACCACCACUACCACUACGACCACAAAUUCAUCUACGACAGUAUCUGGUGAGAAGGAUCCCAGUCUGGUAGCGACGGACAUUGCGGCGGACGUCAAGAAGGAGAAAUUCCUCGAUCUCUCAAAACCUUUACUCUACCAACUCUGGAAAGCCAAUUACCCCAAAGACUUUUAUAUGAAGCAAGUUCACAUCCCCCGGCAUCUGCCUUAUUCUGCCCGAGUCUUUGAGUCCGAUUUCCUCGAGAUCUUCAGCCGUACGCCCUGGUGGCUCGUCCCCAUCCUCUGGUUACCCGUCGUUGGGUUGAUGGUCUCCUGGGCGAUCCGGGGUCCCGGAGGACUGGAUGUUGAGAGGGCGGGGACGAUCUUUGCGGGAGGGAUCUUGAUCUGGACGCUUACAGAGUACUCGAUCCACAGGUUCCUGUUCCAUGUGGACGACUUGUUGCCGGAUUCGACUUAUUCGAACAUCGCACAUUUCUUGUUGCACGGGAUUCAUCAUUACUUACCCAUGGACAGACUACGCCUGGUGAUGCCGCCAGUGCUGACGAUCCUCUUGGGUACGCCAUUGUACCUGUUGGCGCACAGUCUGCUCGAGAGCCACAUGGCGGACGCGCUCAUGGCGGGCGUUUAUUUUGGAUACAUCUGCUACGAUAUGGUUCAUUAUUACCUACACCAUGCACGCGUCCUCGAAUUCCAUUUCAAGGAGAUGAAGACCUAUCAUCUCGCACAUCAUUACAAGAACUACGAUAAUGGAUACGGAAUCACUUCCAAGCUUUGGGAUCGCGUCUUUGGUACGCUUUUGGAGAUGUAA